AUGCAGGGAGACGGGCCCAGCGAGCUGCCUCUGCACUAUGGCAGCAAGACCUCAGAUGGAGAACUCAUUAAGCGUCCCAAUUCUCCAAUACUCCCGAACUCCCCCGGUCGUUCCUACCAACCCUCUAAGCGCCUUGCAUACUCGCCGGAACGCACACCCAUUGACCUUCCAUACUCUUCUGGCAACCCCGAAGACUUUCGAGGAGCAGGGCUUAGACGCAGACCCAGCCAAAAUCCUACUCGACGACACUCCGGAGGAGAUUACGACCUUCCUCGACCCAGUGUCUCAGUAGACGGUGGUUCUCGACGGCCAUUGAGAUCCAGAGAUGAUGGGUACUACCGUGAUGAGGAACGUGGAUGGUCACGACGAGACGAGUACGCUCCUCACCCUGAUUCUCAGGAACGAUCCCGGCCACCACGGACUUACCGCAACAUUGAAGGCUGGGAAAGAGGGCCAUCGUCAGCUUCGAAGGCUUACUUCGAGGAGUCAAGAUAUGACCGUGACCUUGAAAGAGGCAGAGAGGAUUCGUUUGCAGAGAAGAAGCGGAUCAGCGAUGAAGACAGUGUCGAUGGUUACAACUAUGAUGCCCACAGAGGCGGGCAGGCCAGAGGCACAAUUGACUUCAAGAGUCUGAGUCCAGAAGAGAGAACCGAAGUCCUGAGGCUUCCAUGGACACAGUGGAUGAACAGUGGCGUCAAGAAUCAUUUCGUCGCAACAAUUGGAGAGUUCGUUGGCACGACUAUGUUUCUUUUCUUUGCCUUUGCAGGCACCCAAGUCGCAAACAUCCAAUCUGCCGCUUCCGACUCCUCCUCAAACACGAGCAACACAACAUCAGGAGCAGCAACAGGCUUCAACGUCUCCGUUUACCUCUACAUCUCGGUCAUUUUUGGCUUCUCCCUGAUGGUGAACGUAUGGAUCUUCUUCCGUAUCUCAGGAGGCUUGUUCAAUCCCGCCGUCACACUCGGAAUGGUGCUCGUCGGUGCACUUCCAAUUGUCAGAGCGAUUUGUCUUUUCGUUGCCCAAAUUGCUGGCAGUAUAGCCGCCUCUGGCAUGGUUAUUGGCCUGUUCCCUGCCAAGUUCAAUGUUAGGACGACGCUCGCCGGAGGUACCAGUUUGGUGCAGGGAGUGUUCAUCGAGGCAAUCUUGACCGCUGAACUCGUCUUCACCAUUUUUAUGCUUGCAAAGGAGAAGCACAAAGCUACAUUCAUCGCGCCAGUCGGCAUUGGACUUGCUCUAUUCAUCGCUGAAAUGGUUGGUGUCUUUUAUACUGGCGGUUCACUCAAUCCAGCAAGAAGUUUCGGUCCUUGUGUUGUGACCGGCAUCUUCGAUCAUGACCAUUGGAUCUACUGGGUCGGACCAAUUCUCGGGUCGCUCAUCGCUGUCUUCUUCUACAAGUUCAUCAAGAUGCUUGAGUAUGAGAUGGCAAAUCCAGGACAAGAUGGCGAUGACAAGAAUGAUCCAACCAAGAGCGAGCAAAAGCGAGCUGAGUUGGUCGAGAGACGACAGGCAAGAGCCACUCGACGGCCUGGAAGCCGACACUCCCGCUAA